AUGGCCAGCUCCUCUUCAUCCUCAAGAGAAGCCAAUGUGCCAUUCUUUAAAGGAGAGAACUAUAACCUGUGGAGUUUGAUGAUGAAGACGAUGUUUCGAUCGAAAGAUUUGUGGAGUCUUGUUGAGAAGGGCUUCAGUGGAGAAGGUGACGGGGCUCGACUCAAUGAGAGCAUGAAAAAGGAUGCAAAAGCACUAUUCCUCAUCCAGCAAGCUCUUGAUCCAAGAGUGCUCAUCAGAAUCUCAGAGGCCAAGACUGCCAAAGAAGCUUGGGACAUCAUUAAGACUGAGUUCCAAGGGGAUCCGAGCACUCUCACCGUUGAGCUACAUUCUCUUCACCGAGAAUUCGACACAGCAAGGAUGAAGCGUGGAGAGAACAUGCAAGCCUUCGUUAGCCGAGUCUUGGAUGUGGUCCAUCGGAUCAGGAUUAUGGGGGAGGAGUGUCCACAAAAGACUGUAGUAGCUAAAAUCCUAAGAAGUCUCUCACCAAGAAUCUCACAGGUAGUUCACUCUUUAAUAGCUGCUAAAGACCUGAAUACCCUAACUAUUGAUGUACUUAGUGGUGUAUUGAGAAGUCAUGAGUUAAUACUUAAUCUUGACGGUGAGCAAGACGAAGACAAAGCUUUGCAUGUCAAGAGCACUCCGUUUGGAGAACAUAGUCAUCGAGGAGGCAGAGGUCGAGGUCGCAGCAACUUCAGAGGAAGAGGGCGAGGCCGUGGGAGGAGCUAUGAUGGUGGGCACUCAACAGAAGCUAGUAAACAACAUAAGAAUGUCCAGUGCUUUAUCUGUAAAAAGUAUGGACAUGUCAAAGCUCAAUGUUGGUUCCGGAACAAAGAAGCAAAUGUAACCGAAGAAACAAAAGGAAAGGAAGAAGAAGAAGGAGUUGCAUUCAUGGCUUGCGAUGAAGUCUCUGAAGAUGGUGGAACCGGGAUAAUCUACAGCGGGUGCUCGAAUCAUAUGUUAGGUGAGGAAAGGUUGUUCAAAUGUAUUGAAGCUACUCCAAAACAGUCCAUACGACUAGGAGAUGGAAAAAUACUCCCAAUAGAGGGAGUAGGCACCGUUGCACUUCGAUCAAACUAUGGAAAGACCACCAUCUUGAACAAUGUCCAGUUUGUGCCUAACUUAGCACAUAACUUGCUAAGUGUGGGACAGUUGAUGAGCUCUGGCUACGAUGUGGAAUUCACUGAAGGUGAGUGCAUAAUCAAGGAAGCAAAGACCAAGAUACAAGUUGCUCAUGUGAGCAUGACUUCGCAUAGAUUAUUUCCACUCGGAGAUGAGAAUGUUGGGGUGGCGAAUGUGGUCCAGAGUAAGACAAAUAAUGCAAAUCUCUGGCAUAAAAGCUGGGUGUUUUUCCUUGAAAGAAAAUCUGACGCGUUGCAGCAGUUCAAACAGUUUAAACUUCUCGUCAAUAAAUAA